CUAUGCUCGUGAAUGUAACGGUGUUUUGGAGGGGACGCGGGGAAUCUCGUGUCAAAAAGUCAGGGAUGCUGGUGCUUUGCUGAGGGUGUUAUAACGUGUGAGUCCAGGGCGGGAAGCCAAUAUUUUUAGUCGUCAAGGAAUCAUUCAGCGCUGCACGCGAGGAAAUUAAAAUAAACACUUUCGCAGUGUUCCAUGUGGUCUAGAGCGAUCAGGCUUGAGCUUAAUUUUUUUUCAAAAAAUUAUCUUUUCGGGGUCAAAUACGGUAAGGCUUGAAAAAAACACGUGCAGAUCCCCUUGAGGUCAUGAUUCAGAUUGUCCGAAAACCGCCCCGACACUUCAACUUGGAAGUUCCUCUGGACUUUGAGACCUACAGAGCUAUGAAUGACUCUUGUCUUGUCAUAAAGCGAAAGAAAAUGAGCUACCAAUACAACGCUGUUUGAGGUCAACAUACUGCGACGAUAUAUUGAAAUCCUUUUUACAGGAUCAAUUUAUGGUAGGGCGAAUUAUUUAAAGCCUUAGUAAUUGCCAUGGUGUAAUGAAUAAUUCAUAGCACGAGGAGUAAGACAAUGAGACAUCUGUUCGCUUUGAGUCUAUAAAGUCACAAUGCCGGAGAGCGAAAUAACGAGGAUAUCAAGAAGCACGGCCAGGGUAUUCCUGUCAAGAAACCCACAGCCUAAAUACAAGUACAUCGAAGACCCGGCGGACGUUGUGUCUUUGACGUACAAGAACCAGUUCAGUCAAUUCAACGAGAAAUAUCACGAACUGAAAGUGACCGUCUGGCCGAUCUUCGGUCGCUUUAGCGGCGAGCGAGUGGUUUUCCACUAUGACUGGGACACAGUGAAAGUAUCUGUGGAUAAUAACUUGGCUUACGUCAUGUUUCUCCGAGCAGGGACUUCCCCGGAAAAUAUGUUAAGGUUUUGCCUGAACUUUCUCUAUUCAAGCGACGCGGAGGGAAUUUUAAAUAAACAUGAUGCACACGUCGGCGAUGAAGUCUGCGUUCUUCAAUCGAAGGUGAAAAACACUCCUGCGUCUUUGGUGGUCCAGUGUUUGAGGUCAGUGGUUAUCAACAUGCAAAGCAUGCCUAGGAAUGAACUACAAUAUCUACCCUCUCCUUAUCAAGAACUUGUUCAACCAGAAUCCUUCGUUCAAACGAAAUUUAAACUUUGGCCACGGUACGUUCGAGGAGAGAGCACAACUUUGAUGAUGAAAAAAGGCACAAUAGUCAGCGAAAUUCUGCUCUUGUUGAGACAGAAGUUACAGCUUGGAAGUGACUUAGAGGUAUGCCUGUUCAAAAGUUGUCUUCCUUUAGAAGAACAUGACGUAAUUCAAGAGGAAAAUGGCGACUAUGACUGCGUCUUUAAUCCGUCAAAAAUACCAACGAACAUUUCGGAUGCAGCGCGGAUCGGGAAGUCUCGGGAUGUUACUCUUACAACUCAUUCUAAUAAAGAUGUUAUUGUUGCAUCACUGGUAGGAAAGGAAAUGAAAGAGGUCCACAUUAAUUUGUCUCUUCCCCUCAAAUUUCUGGAUAUACAGCUACGCCAGAUUUUUCGACUCAAGCCAUGGAGUUUCCUGGCCUUGUACCUUCCAGGCGAAGAUCGUAACAUAUUCCACACCGGUAGAACGAUUUACACAUCAUACGAGGAAGAAUUCGCCAAAUUUCUUAUAUCAAACGGAAAAAGAAAUUUCCCGAGGCCAGAUAAAGGCAUCGAAACACUGGGAGUCAAAGAAAUGUAUAAAGAAUGCUGCGUUUUCAAGAAAUCGCUUCGCAGUCUCGGCUUUCAUCCGGGAGCUUUUGUUGAAGUGUUUGAGAUCACUGGGCCGAGUAUCCCGGUCAUGUACUCUGGUGCGGUGACUAAGGCUCAAGUGAUUGACGUGAAUCCUGAUUGGCCGCUACAGACAUUUCUGUAUUACGUCAAAGUGAACACUCCGCAAGCUGCGAAAAUCGAAUCUAUCGACUACGUAAACAACUGUAACGAAGGCAUUGUGACCGACAUCUUGAAGAUGAUGAGAAAUUUGUGGAACAGGCCUAAUGAAGGAGGACGACUUGAAUAUGUGAGAUUGCGCAGGUUUAGAGUACCUCGUACCAGGGCACUUUCCUCUUCAGAACCCGCUCUUCCUACAUUUGAGGAAAGCGCGCUGGGGACUAGGUUGGAGUCUGGACUGACGGCAUGGUGGAUUACAACAGUUUUAAAUGUUAAAACUUCUUUUGAAUUGUUUCAGGUUAUUGUUGCAUCACUGGUAGGAAAGGAAAUGAAAGAGGUCCACAUUAAUUUGUCUCUUCCCCUCAAAUUUCUGGAUAUACAGCUACGCCAGAUUUUUCGACUCAAGCCAUGGAGUUUCCUGGCCUUGUACCUUCCAGGCGAAGAUCGUAACAUAUUCCACACCGGUAGAACGAUUUACACAUCAUACGAGGAAGAAUUCGCCAAAUUUCUUAUAUCAAACGGAAAAAGAAAUUUCCCGAGGCCAGAUAAAGGCAUCGAAACACUGGGAGUCAAAGAAAUGUAUAAAGAAUGCUGCGUUUUCAAGAAAUCGCUUCGCAGUCUCGGCUUUCAUCCGGGAGCUUUUGUUGAAGUGUUUGAGAUCACUGGGCCGAGUAUCCCGGUCAUGUACUCUGGUGCGGUGACUAAGGCUCAAGUGAUUGACGUGAAUCCUGAUUGGCCGCUACAGACAUUUCUGUAUUACGUCAAAGUGAACACUCCGCAAGCUGCGAAAAUCGAAUCUAUCGACUACGUAAACAACUGUAACGAAGGCAUUGUGACCGACAUCUUGAAGAUGAUGAGAAAUUUGUGGAACAGGCCUAAUGAAGGAGGACGACUUGAAUAUGUGAGAUUGCGCAGCUAAAACAUAACUAUAACAAGAUGUGCAUUUUUAUAAGACAAUCGUAAUGGAAGAUAUCAAGGAGCAAAUGAACUUAGUCUAGCGAGUGACUCUUCAUAGAUUUUAAUACUUUUAUAGAGUAUUAGAAAAUGGCCCAAAGGAUGUACGCGCGCUGAUUGGUUUAAAAUCGUGUUUCUAUUUAACAAUUAGAUUAUGAGCUCGAGAUUUCUA